CACUCUGUCAACUCUAUUUUGGUUUGUUUGGGAUUGUUUCCUUCCUUCCUGCGAGCGAUGGAAGAAAAGAAUGUCCAAGAGAGGCCUGUGGAUCAGCAGAUGGCAGAAGCUCAUCUUGAGACCCUUUCGUGCUCGUACCAGAAAUCCUACUCCCUCAAGGCGGCCAUUAAGCUCGGCAUAGCAGACAUCAUCCACGGCCAUGGGCAGCCGCUCACUGCUUCCCAAUUGGCCACCGAGAUCCCCAUCAACUCCUCCGCAGAUGCGUCAUGCCUCGAUCGCCUAAUGCGUCUACUGGUGCAUGCUGGUGUCUUUGCUGAAGAGAAAAAAAAAACCGGCACAGGUGAAGUGCUGUAUGCAUUGACGCCAGUGUCAAGGCUGUUGCUAAGGGAGGGCCAGCAUAAUCUGUCAGCGCUUACCAUGCUGAGCCUCCAUCCCUUGAUUGUCUCUACGUGGGACAAUUUGGCAGCUUGGUUGCAAUCAGGGGAGGGUAAUUGGCACCGUACUGCCUUUGAGGCUAAACACGGGGAACCAUUAUGGGUCAAGGCGAGCCUUGAUCCUAAGAUCAACAAGCUGUUCAAUGAGGCCAUGUCUAGUAUGUGCAAGCUGUUCAUGGGUUGCAUGGUUGAAAGGUGUGGUGAAGUUUUCAAGGAAGUGAGCUCACUUGUGGAUGUUGGGGGUGGGAAUGGGACUGUGGCCUCCAUCAUAGCCGAUGCUUUCCCUCACAUCAAGUGCAUGGUGUUGGACCUACCCCAUGUUGUGGCUGCAUCACCACCACAGCCAAAUGUUGUUGCGAUUGGAGGUGAUAUGUUUGAGUCAGUGCCACCAGCUGAUGCAGUCCUUAUUAAGGGAGUAAUGCAUGAUUGGGAUGAUGAAUCGUGCGUGAAGAUACUGAUGAGGUGCAAGGAGGCCAUUCCAAAACUAGGAGGGAAGGUGAUCGUUGUGGAGAUAGUGAAGAAGAAAUGGCCUCAACAAGUGUUCAAUGAACUGCAACUGGUCCUCGAUCUCCAUAUGAUGGUAAUGAACAAUGGAAAGGAACGCAACGAAGAGGAGUGGAAGAAGUUGUUUAUUGAUGCUGGCUUCUCCAGCUAUAAAAUAGUUACUAGCGUCGGCAUCCACUCUCUUAUAGAGGUCUUCCCUUAGUUGGGACUGCUGAUCCAUCAUCUUGCAGAGUGCUCGUCACUUUUUUGCAGCCUGUUAACGUGAUCAAACACCUCAAGCACAGCACAAUGUGAGAGACACAUGAGGACCUCAUCUCAAUCCCGUAGUUGGCCAACUUCAAUAAACUCUUAGUUCCAUUGGUGGUGGUGCACUAAACUCUUUAUUUCCAUGCAUGGUGGUGCGCCACUUCACU